AUGGCGCAGCAGUCCCAGGCGAUGACCCAGUUCGGCCAGGACAUGGGCGCCGCCGCGGCCCAGAUGGCGCAGGGUGCCAAUAUGAUGGCCGGCACCGGGUUUGCCCCUCCGGCUGGCUUCCCGGUCGCGUGGCCCGCCACCUUCGACCCGGCCAGUGGAACCUUCGUGGUGCCCAACGCCCAGGCCGCCGCGCCCGCCACGACCCCUGCCGCAGCCCCAGCCACGCCCACCACUGCCGCGGCGGCACCCGCCACCCCGGCCGCAGCCGCAGCCACGCCCGCGCCUGCUGCGGCAGCACCCGCCGCCGCCCCGGCCGCACCUGCGGUUGCGCCCACCACUGCUGCGGCGGCACCCGCCGCCGCCCCGGCCGCAGCCGCCGUUGCGCCCAGCGGCGCGGCGCAGGCGGCCGCCCCCGCAUCCGAGCCGGCCACAGCAGCCCAGCCUCCCGCCACGCCCAUCGCCGAUGGGGCUACCCCCGCGGCGCCCGCUGGCCCCACGCCGCCUGCUGCCGCGGCAGCCAUCUCCACCACACCGGCCGCAGCUGAGCAGGCGGAACCGACGCCCGCGGCCGCUGCCAACCCCAGCGCCACCCUCGUCGACGCUGCGCCUGCGACCAAGAAAACCCCAGCCGCGACCCAGACAGUGGUGGCGGGCCCCAAUGCCUCGACCGCACCCGGCCUGACGGCGGCCGUGGCGCCCACGGUGCCGGUGAAGGCGCCCGCCGAGCUGCGCCCUCGGCCGGUCGCGUCUGCGGCCGGCGGCCGCAGCGGCGCCGCGCUGGUGCACGGGGCUGCGCUCGUGGUGGCUCUGUGCUUCCUGAUGUUCUCUGCUUAG